UAUUUCUAAUAAAUUUCUAGUAGUUGGGGUUUAUGGGUGGCCAAGCUUUUAGGGGCUGAUCCCACGCAGCUUUUCGGCAGCAGCUUUUAAUGUCCCGCAAAGCGAAAGCCCCGGAAAUGGAAUCGUGGUGUUUUGGUGUCUGCUCUCCGCUGGCAUUGCUGCGAUUGAGGAGGUCGCCGAUGGUCGCCGGCCUGCAGUACUAAACCAUUGUAAAUUGUCAUAAUUGAUUUCAAUUUAGUCCGCUUGCCGGGUUGAAUGGAAAGAGCUCCGUCGACGAUGUUUGAAUCGAACCGAAAUCUUUGUGCGGGUCGCAUGGUCGCGGAUUCCACUACCCGUGAAAUGGAAGGACGAGAUGUGAGCAAGACCAGGAUUUGUCGGGCCUGCCUGGUGCUCCUGGGUCCGCAGGAUGCCUCCUACAACCUGGACAGCGAACAGGACUUGGCCAGUAAAUAUUUCGGCUGCACUGGAGGCGAUCCGGGCAAGGUGUUCCACCUGCAGGAUGGAGAACUGCCACCCCUGCUGGUCCUGAAAAGCAUCUGCGAAUGCUGCUACCAACUGGUGCAAAAGUUCCACGACUUUCAACGCAUGUGCGAAGAGUCGUCGCGCAAUUUUGAGAAGCUGCUCUUGGACAUCGACUUUAAAUGCCUCAAACAGCAGGAUGAACUGGCCAAUAUGCCCGAUUUGGAUACCCCCUCGGAAAGCAACGAAUCGUAUAAUAAGGAAGCCCCAAUGGACAUCGUCGAGUCAACUGAGGAGAUUGAGGAGGUAUACAUCAUUGAGGACGAGUCUGCCAAACAGGAUUUUGGAAAAGAGAGGAAACCCAUAUCGUCAAUUAGAAACAGGACGGGAGAAAGGAAGCGAAGAGUGAGACACACCCUCCAGUGCAGCAUAUGCCAUCGCGGCUUCUACAAAUCGUCGCUGCUGGAGGCCCAUAUGAGGCAGCAUGAGGGUCUAAGACCGUAUACCUGCGUCCAUUGUGGCAAAAGUUACGCGAGAGCCAAUCUUUUAGACUCGCACCUGCGGGAGACGCAUCAUAAUACCUCCGCGAGGGUAACCUUUCCCUGUCCAGAAUGCAAUAAGGUGUAUACAGCUGACAGAAGUCUCAAAUAUCACCAAAAAAGGGCACACCAAAGGACUGCGGAGCUAGAAUCCCCCGAUUCCCUGCACAUUUGCGAAGAGUGCGGUAAAUCCUUUGUGCGAAAGGCCCAUCUCAUCCGCCACAAGAGGAUCCAUGAUAAUGCGGAGGAAUGGAAAUAUCCCUGCCAAUUCUGUGACCUGAGAUUCUACACCAAGGAAAACAUGAUGAAUCACCUGCAGCGUAAGCACGGAAACAAGAAUCUACUGAGAUGCAGAAAGUGCGGACGGAUAUUUAAGAACAGAUUAUCCCUGUCCACACAUCUGAAAAAACACGACUCAGCCGGCGAUAUUAUGUAGUUCAAUAUUUUGUUUUAUUUGUAGUUGUUUCAAUAACAUCAAGCUAACUCAACUGUUACAAUGAUUCGAAUUACUUGGAAUUUGUUACACCAGUAGUUUUGGGAGAAUGCCGCAUGAAUGGAGAUACUAAGACGAGUGGUUGGUUCGGUGAGGCUACUCUAAAAUUAGCUAACAUUCACAUAAUGGCCGGCGCAGCACAGUCGCUUAAAAAUCAUCAGUACAAAACGGAAAGCGGCGGUUGCGCUCGAUUCAAACUCAUGCGUAUAAAAACAAUUAACUAAAAUUUAUGCUUAAGCUUAAAGAACGGACAGUUUUAAAAUUACAUUACCAAUACAUUCAUAUAUCAUUAAUUUGUGGGUGGAGGAGGAAAGAAAAAUGAUAAUAAAAACCAGAUUAUUCGUCUAUCGUUCGACAAUUACAUAAGAAAUGCACAGGGUUUUUCUUUUGCCAAGGUAAAAUCAGCAUUAAACGAUGUUGAAUUGAUACGGUGGAGAUUGUUGAUGAUGAUGAUGAUGAUCGGGCAGUAGGAUCAGAUGAUUGGAGUUGCUUGCACUAUAUGUAAAUAAAUACGCCGCAAUAUGAGCAUAGGAUA